CACGGAGGUGGAGGAGGAGACGUAUCAGCAGCAUCGAUGAAAGAAGGUGGCGAAGCAGCAGCAGAAAAGGUCGAGUCGUGGGGGACGUGGGAGGAGCUUCUGCUGGCAUGCGCGGUGAAGCGUCACGGCGUCGACGACUGGGAGUCGGUGGCCAUGGAAGUCCAAGGCAAGACCUCUCUCCCUCAACUCCUCACCACCGCUUUCAACUGCAAGCUUAAGUACCACGAUCUCCAACGCCGAUUCCACCAACACCAAGCCGCCGCCAACGACGACGACGAUCCUGAUCCUAUUCCCUGGCUCCACCACCUCAAAAACCUACGCCUCGCUCAGCUUCGUCAGGACCUCCAUCGCUACGACGUCUCUAUCAUGUCGUUGCAGUCGAAGGUCAAGAGGUUAGAGGAAGAAGGGAAACACGAGGACGACCCCAAGCCAGAUCUGGAGGAACACAACUCCAAACGACGCAGCAGAUCGGAAGACAAACAAAUCGACAAAAAAACACCGGACGGACCGGACCGGUCCAAACACGAGAACCAGUCGGUGAACGGCUCCAAUUCCACCUGCUCCAAAACCCACGAGGACCACCCCAGCAACAACAAUAAAAAAUCAUCAUCCCCGGCUGAACCGGACCCCCUCCCGGCCGGUUCGGCUCAACCCUCGAAAGGCCACUCGGCCUCCGACUCGGACAAAGGAAGCUGCGAAACCGUGGCCAAGAAGCGCCGCCGCCAAGAGCGAGAGUCCGGAAGCAGUGAGGCGCAAAGUUCGGCGAGCUUGACGCGGAAACGACGUCGCGAAUUGGAACAAGUUAAGGAGAAAUCACAGCCGUUGGCCGCCGUUCUGCGGAUGAUCCGAGCGCAUCAGCAUGGCUCAUUGUUCGAGCGACGGCUUACAAGCCAGGAAAGUGACAAGUAUAAGAGUAUGGUUCAGCAGCAUGUGGAGCUAGAGACGAUAGAAGCAAAGCUCCAAAACCAAAAGGACUCCUUCUCCUCUAAUUCUACGUCUACGCUCCAAUUCUACCGAGAUCUCCUUCUCCUAUUCACCAAUGCCGUCGUUUUCUUCCCCAAAUCCUCCACUGAAUCCGUCGCUGCUCACCAGCUCCGACGCCUUGUCUUGAACGAAAUGAACAAGAGUAAUCUCAUCACCAGGCCCGACCCUUCUUCUGGGCCGUCAGACUCAUUGCCCUCCCUGCAAGCCCGCUUUCCAAAACACGAGCUUGAAAGAUCAGACUCGUUGCUUGCCAAACACAAGUCAACAGCACCCAUCUUUGUCUGCCGCAAACGAAGCUCAGUCUCAUCAAAACCUUCUACCAGUGCUCGUAAGGCUAGUACUACCGCUGAUCUCCCAACAGCAGAAGCCCCAGCAGCUUCUGAUAUUAAACCGCUCAAUAACAGUAAAAAGGCAUCUAAUUCAAACAAUGCAGAGGAAGAUAAUGGAUUAGCUGCUGCAAAUACAACAAAAGAGAAACCUGUAACUGGAACCAGAAGCUCAAGAAGGAUGACGACUACUCAUCAGGUCAACAAUGCUAGAGCUUCCUCCACCAAGAAAAAAGUUUCAAGCCCUGCAGAAACUCCCAGAGCAGGGAAGAAGAGGAAAACCCCUGAGGAGCCAGCGACACCCUCGGACAAAAAGAGAAGUGGAGCUGCGGCGGCAGCCGAUUUCCUGAAAAGACUAAAGCGUAAUUCUCCUGCGCAGCAGAAACUGAAAUUGAAGAGUGGGACUGGCACUAGUACAAGCAGUAGAGGUGCAGAGCAGAAGAAGAGGGGAGGUAACAAGGCUGACAAGGUUAAAGAAAGGGUGUCAAAGCAGAGUGGUGGUGAAAAUAAGAAACAAGUGAAAGAAGAAAGCAGUCCAUCCAAGCGAAGUGUAGGAAGACCGUCCAAGAAGGCAGCUGAGACAUCCGCGGCUGCUAAUAUAGUUUCGCCAAAGCGAUCGAGGGAAAAUGGGGCGAAGCAGCAGCAGCAAGAAGCUUCUAAGCGGCCCAAAAAGGGAUCAAGAAGGUAAAGCUGGCCUAAGAAAGAGAAUUUGAUCAUGCAUGCAUGGCUAUUUCGCUGUCUCAAGUAUACUAUACAACAUUAGUUAUUCCUAGAUAGGAAAAUAGGAUAGGUUAGUUCUGUUGCUAGUUUGGCACUAGAUUAGCACAUGAAUGCUUGUAGCUAUGUAUCGCUUUUUUUAGCUUAGUAGCUAUGUACCGCUUUUGCGCUAUGAUUUUGUUGUAUAUUGAGGUGGUAUUAUAUUUGUUAUGACCGUAGAUGUAUUAUGUACGUACUGAAUUUAAGGUAUGGGAUACAUGACACUAAU